UUAUAAUGGGACUGCGAUGGGCAUUUUGACACUGGGGGGAACUGACAUGGAGUCACUGACAUCCCCAGUGACACCAAUACAGAGAUCAGUGCUAAAACAAAAGCACUGACACUGUUCUAAUGGCACUGGGCAGGAAGGGGUUAACAUGAGGGGUGAUCAAAGGGUUAACUGUGUGCUGGGAAUGUUUUACUGGGGGGGGGGUGGUGUGUUGGCGCUUCACUGUAAGCACACUGCUUUGAAUGGCUGUGCUGUGGACAGCCAUCCAGAGCAGUGUGUCCGAGCCGACAGGGAGGAGGACUGU